AUGGUGCACCCUUUUGCAAAUGUACCGGAUAUACAGCUCGAGAGUUUGAAUGCUUUAAGUGCUCAGUUUAGAUGUGACACCGCCCCAGAAAAAACCAAUCUCAUGGUUGGUGUUUUCAAGUCCGAUAAUGGCGGCCCUCAUGUUCUUUCUUCUGUCUCUCAGGCAAAAGCAAAGAUAUUUAGCAACUCCAACUGGCAUCACGAAUACCGCGGGACACAUAUUGGCAGCCAAAGGUUCAGGAAUUUUGGUGCGCGCUUGUUCUUUGGCGAGGAUAGCCAUUCGAUAAAGGAGAAUAGAAUUAUUUCCAUGCAGUCGUUAGGCGCAAGUGGUGCUUGUCAUAUGGCAGCGAAGUUUUUGAAAGAUCACUACGGCCCGUGGACAGCUGGAAGUCAAGCGCGGGUCUUCAUCCCCCGAGAAUCCUGGGGUAAUCACCCUAAUGUUUUCGAAUAUCUUGGAAUCAAAGUUUCACAGAUCCCCUAUCUGGACAAUCAAUCCAAGAUGUUCGACUAUGUUGCGUUUCGAACGGCUAUCGGUUCAAUACCCCAAGGAUCAGUUCUCGUUUUGCAGAGCGCGGCCCAAAACCCCACAGGAUGCGAUCCCACGCUCGAACAAUGGCAUGAGAUUGCCUCUCUAUGUCACGAACGAGGCCACCUUGUUCUGUUUGAUGUAGCCUACCCCGGAUUCGCAAGUGGAAAUAUCGACAUCGAUCUUGAAAGUGUUCGAAUAUUCGAUAAGAUGGGAGUUCCCUUGAUCAUCGCGACAACGUAUGGCAAAUGUUUUGGGCUAUACUGUGAGCGGGUGGGUGCAUUGUUUGUGGUUGCUCCAGAUGAAGCGGUGGGCAAGCGCAUCGAAAAGCAGAUGAAGUUUCUGGCACGAGCGGAGACCGGCGCUCAACCGGAUUUCGGAUCGUUGAUCGUCGAAACGAUUUUGUCCGACGCAGAAUUGCGAAGCUUAUGGCAGAGCGAACUGCGGGAGAUGGCUGAGCAGCUGAAAUACAGGAGGCAACAGCUUCAACAAAGACUGGUGGAUCUGAAGACUCCGGGGAUAUGGAGUCAUAUCACGUUGCAGAAUGGGAUGUUCUCGCAUAUCGGUUUCACUGGGGAGCAAAUCCGUAUCCUUCGAGAGGAUUAUCACGUGUAUCUCCAAGACAACGGAAGAUUAUCUAUUGCGGGUCUCAACUCAAGCAAUUUGGAGCACGUUGCUAGGAGUGUACACGCCGUGAUUAUUGCAACUACUGAGGCUGGGGACAUGCAUGCCAGAUCCCGAGAGCAUUUGUAG